AUUACAAAUGGCAGUAAUCUGCAUAGACGAGAUUAUUUUCACAUCUGCCAAACUGGAGGAGUUUGCGUGAAAGCACGGGAUACUGUUGCUGUGUUGAAGCUGAAAUUGCCCCUGCAUUCAACAGGAGGAACCUGGACAUUAACUACUGCUCAACCACCAUGUUAUCCACAAAAGUGUUCUCUCACUCCAGUUCUUAAGAAUAUGGACUUGAAUUUUGUCAACAAACUGCAGUUCUUGGUUCAGAGAACAUGCAAAGAUUUUUUCUAGAUGUGUACACUCAUCUCUCAGCAGUGUAAUAAUGCAUUUCUAAAAGUGUUUUUGUACCAGCUGCAUAAUAGCACUCAGUUUUAACAUCAGAAACAUUUUCAAGAUGGAUUACCUGAUUCCAGCAAAUCUACCUCUGCUGCACAGGACAGUGUCGAGCAUCAGCGUAGUAUUGGGACAGAUGGUUCCUGUGCUGGACAAUAUGACCCCAGCUCCUCUGACUCAGAACUGCUCCAACUGCAGCCAGGUGUUCGCCCCAGAGCUCAAUGUGGUCAAAGCUGUGGUUUUGGGCUUGGUGCUAGGUGUCUUCAUCAUGUUUGGAAUUGUGGGAAACAUCCUGGUAAUCCUCUCAGUAGUUUGCCAUAGAAACCUGCGGACAGUGACACAUUAUUUCAUAGUUAAUCUGGCAGUGGCAGACCUGCUUCUGAGCUCUACUGUACUACCCUUCUCUGCCAUUUUUGAGAUCCUGGAUCGCUGGGUGUUUGGACGGGUCUUUUGUAAUGUUUGGGCAGCUGUGGAUGUGCUUUGCUGCACUGCCUCCAUCAUGAGCCUCUGUGUGAUAUCUGUGGACCGCUACAUUGGAGUCAGUUACCCUCUGCGUUACCCAGCAAUAAUGACAAAGCGCAGGGCGCUGCUGGCAGUGAUGCUGCUGUGGGUGCUGUCUAUCAUUAUAUCCAUUGGACCAUUGUUUGGCUGGAAAGAGCCGGCACCAGAGGACGAGUCCAUCUGCAAGAUCACAGAGGAGCCGGGCUACGCUAUCUUCUCUGCUGUGGGCUCCUUCUACCUCCCUCUGGCCAUCAUACUGGUCAUGUAUUGUAGGGUUUAUGUGGUAGCUCACAGAGAGAGUCAAGGUCUGAGAGAGGGCCACAAAACAGAGAAGUCAGAUUCAGAGUUUGUGAUACUCAGGAUACAUCGAGGCAACACAACUGUAUCAGAGGACGAGGCCCUUCGCAACCGCACACAUUUUGCCCUGCGACUGCUCAAGUUCUCACGUGAGAAGAAGGCCGCCAAGACCUUGGGCAUUGUUGUUGGCUGCUUUGUGCUGUGCUGGCUGCCCUUUUUCCUGGUGCUACCUAUUGGCUCCAUGUUCCCUGCAUACAGACCUUCAGACACUGUCUUCAAGAUCACCUUCUGGCUCGGUUACUUCAACAGCUGCAUAAACCCCAUCAUCUAUCCCUGUUCCAACCAGGAGUUUAAGAAGGCUUUCCAGAGUUUACUAGGAGUUCACUGUCUGAGAAGGACUCCCAGACCACAUCAUCAUCAUCAUCUAAGUGCAGUUCAGAGUCAAACGCAGGGUCACAACCAGCCCCUGACUCUGGGCCUGGACAGCAGGGAGACGCCCUGUAGGCUCAGCCCCUCCUCCUCUAUGGCCCUAUCAAGAACCCCUUCCUCCAGGGACAGCAGGGAGUGGAGGGUCUUCUCAAGUGGCCCCACAGGCGGGUCUGGACAAGCAGAGACAAGCAGGGCUAAAGUGGCCAAAUUCUGCAGCAAAAGCUUCCACCGGACCUGCUGCUGCAUUCUCAGUGGUGGGACUGCCCCACAGGAGUCAAACUGUGCCCAGCCCCCCCCAAUUGGAAACCUUCCCACCAUUAAAAUCCACCAACUGUCCCUGUCGGACAAAGGCGAGCCCGUAUAACCACUAUAAUCCCUCAUGCAUUAGUCAUGAUUCCUCUCUCAAGGGCAAAAAAUGAGUAUAUUUCCUUUGCUCAGUUAACAUCACAAGAGAAGAGCUGUGAUUGAAUUAUGGCUGCUUUGAAAUUUUAAAUUGAAAUAUCUUUGCGUUGAUAUUGUUGCAUGAUAUUUCCUGGCCUUUUCCCCUUUAAGAGGAUUAUGGCUUGUUGGCCCUCUAAACACAUACAACAACAAAAUAUGGCUUCAGAGAUUUGUCACCAUAUUACAGAAACAGUUACGUCUUUUUACAAAAAUCUGAAUAAAUCAAAUUUGAACACGUAGAAGAAGGCACUUCCAUAAGGUGGACCAAAAGAAAAGCUGUGAAAGUAUUUCCUUAAGAGGACCAAAAGAUUCCUUUGGUGUUUACAUAUUUUAUAUUACAGAAGAGCAGUUCAAAUGUAUAAAAAUGUAAAUAAGAAACUUUUCUAUAUUGCAUGAUUUCACCAAAUGCUACAAAAAUGCUGGUCAGUGGUGCUCCAGUUGUCUCCAAAGUUUGCCUAAUGCUAUUCCUGUUGUCAAAGUGUUGUUUGUGUACUGUUCUGUACACAGUGAAAACCAAGGAACCUCGCGUACUUCCAUGUCACAUUACAAUAAAUUUCUAUGACAUAUUCCUAACAAGGGAUUCAUGAGGACAUUUUUGGACUCGUUUUUGUUUUGUUUUUUCUUUUUUUUUCCUUUGGUUGAUUAACUAAAUAUAUAGCCCCAAAAAACGUUCAGUUCAUCUAUCCACAUUCCCACAAUUUCAUGUACCUCCUAGCAGUGCCAGAUGGAUGUCUUAAUAUACUUCUGUGGAAUUUUA